AUGUUUCCCCAGGGUCUUAAAGAGUACUAUGCAUCCGAGGUUCAAGGUCUCUGUACAGAGCCCCAGAAGCAGAAUGUCUUGCACCACGAUCUCCACGGCUUUGAUGUUGACGAUAUCGUCCGCACCGCAGCCGCGCACAACACCCCCGCAUGGCACGUCUGCAGUGCUGCUUGGUGCAUUAUUUUGAGUCGUCACACUGCUCACAGUACGUCGAACAUUUGGACCGCAUGUGAGACCUUCAAGGCGGCGGAAAAGGGGAGCAGGUCGAGCCCUUGGGUCCACGUUGAUGCUUCUAUCGACGAGGACUCUUCAUUCCUGGACUUGCUCCAAUCCGGGUUGAACAUCAACACGGAUGAGGAUCCAUCCGUCAAGGGUCCACCACAUUGUGUGGCGGUGUUGUAUUCACGCCCGGUGGCUGAAUUGCCCGGUCCCCCCGAAAUGCCCUCGGGGUUGACCAUCCAGCUCUUUUCCCAACGUCACAGAACAAUCCAGGCGAUUUGCCACUACCCACGCUGGCUCUCGGCGCAUUAUACCAAAAAGCUAAUCGACCACGGCUUGCACCUCUUACGCCACAUCGUACACCACCGCAGCUGGACCACUCUCUUACUCCGCGACAUCUCCAUGGCCUCUCUGCAUGAAGAGCUGCAGUUGCGCCGGCACAGUCUUCCGGGGCGAAGCGUAACCGAAAUGACAGUAGGACCGGUACACCAACUCGUCCGCCGCCAGGCCCGAAAAACCCCAUCUUCCCCGGCUAUCGAGGGCCGGGAUAGCGAGAUCAUCUCUUACUGGAUGUUAGAUCAGAUGACGGACCUGAUGGCUGCUGACUUGACCCAACGGCUGAUGGCUGUCCCAGCCCGGCCCCUGGCAACGGGUCUAGCGACAGAAGAAGGCCUGGUCAUCGGCAUCAUGUUGCAGCGAUCCCCCGCAGUGAUCAUCACGAUCCUGGCAUGCUGGAAGGCUCGCUGUGCCAUCGUCCUGGUCGACCCGAGCCAACCUGUUCCCCGAAAUGCCCACAUACUGGAAGACUGCGACUGCGCUCUGGUGGUGGUGGACAAUUCCUGGACCGGCGAACUGGCUCCGGACAUUGCCUGGCAGUAUGACUUUGGGCAGCUGCGCCGGCGAGCGAACGCAUGCCCCGUACCCCCAGAGAACUAUGCAGGAUCCGAGGUUGAUCUCUCGCAGGAUCUGUUCCAACCCGCAUGGAUUCGCGUCACAUCGGGCUCCACGGGAAGGCCCAAAUGCUGUCUGCAUAGUCAUGCUGCUUUUGGGGCCUCCAUUGCCAGCUACGCCGGUCGGAUUCGGGCGUCCAAAACACUACUCUUCUUCAAUCCAAUCUCUUCCGCCUCGGGGACGCCAAUCUGGAGCUUCCUCAGUAACGGCGGCUGUGUCUGCAUACCUCCCUUGGAGGAGAUCACGAUGGAUUUAGCCGGCUGUGUGGCCCGGUAUGGCAUUGAGGACGUGUGUAUCACGCCCUCAGCUAUCGCGCUCACCACCCCUGAUGCUGUGCCGUCCCUGAAAACCAUUUCUUUAGUCGGCGAAGCGGUGCCGCCGACCCUGGCCCAGACAUGGAGCCGGCAUGUCUCGUUGUUGAUCGGCUACGGAGCUACGGAGAUGAACUCCCAUGCGCUGCCAUUUCAUGACGAUUCCACAGGGUGUCUCCCGCCUGGCCAUCCCCUUCCCACGUCUGACUAUUCACUAUACAUGCUACAACCCGGCACGGCCAGACUUUGUCCGUUAUACGUUCCUGGAGAAAUUUGCCUCAGCUCGACCUACAUGAGUGCCGGGUAUAUUGGGCGUUCCGAAGCGACAAGGCAGGUGUUUCAGCCUCAUCCCUUCCCCGGCGAUGCGGGGCACGCCUGGAUAUAUCGAACCGGGGACCUCGGCAUGUUCAUCGCGGCUGGUACGUUUAUUCUCCUCGGUCGAGUCGAUUUUCAGUUUAAGAUUGAUGGAUACCGGAUCCAGCCGGAGGAGGUCGAGGCCAUCGUCAACCAAGUGCCGCACGUGAUGAAAAGCCGAGUCAUGCUUGCCCAGUCCGCGGCGGGCAGGCCGAUUUCAGUUUGUUGUGUGAUGCUGCAGCGGAGCGCUGGCAGCGAUGGGGAGCAGGGAGGAUCGGCCACUGCUGGGUGGCAGGAAUUCGUGGUGGCAGCGGACCACGCGUGCAGCGCCCAAUUGCCUGCAUACAUGAGGCCCCAUCGAUGGCUGCAGUUUGACACAUUUCCCGAAACGCCAUCGGCCAAGACGGACACGAAGGCACUUCUUCUGCUUGCGCAAGCACGCAUCAACCAAGAAGCAGAAACCAGUCGGGCGGGGGUUGCCGUGAAAGAGGCACCGGGAAACAGCCUCUCCCCCGGCGGCCUCCUGUUUCUAGCCCUGGUCCUUGAGGUAUUGACGGGCGAAAAUCCCGAUCGUCCUACCGCGCAGGUCCGCGACCAGAUGGAAUCUCUGUCGUUCAUUGCAAACGGAGGGACCUCGUUAUUGGCACUUCAAACUCGGGCGCGGUGUCGCAGUCACGGGUUGAGCAUCAACAUUGAGGAGCUAUUCACCCCGAAGAGCCUGAGCACCAUCGCCUCGACUAUCCCCGCGAUGGUUGAAGAGGAUACUGUCGACCACCAGAAGGCAGGGAGAUCUCUACAAUCUGUUACCAAGGUUCUCGUCCCACGGCUCCCCGUUGGGUUGAGGCAUGAACCGUCGGAUUAUGAAGCCGUGUUCCCAGUGACCUUGCUCCAACGGGAGAUGUUCGCAACGAGUCUCUAUGACCCCCGACUCUGGAUGUUUUACCAGUUCCUCGACCUUUCAAAGUUCCCGUGUAGCUUGUCGCAAAUUCAGGAAGCAGUCGGCCAGGUGGUGGCAGCCAAGGCUAAUCUACGGACGGUGUUCGUAUCGCUGGACGGGCCCACAAAUCUGCAGACGGUGAAGACUCCCGAUGAUGCGUUCAAUCUCAUUCGCGGCGGGCAAGUUGUCCAGGCUAUCUUGAAGCCGAUCGUGGUCGAUUUCGAGCUUACGCAGGAUGAUGAGAGCCAAGAGCCGACGACAUAUCGACGCGAGGAUGUGACACGGCCAUGGGUCUUUGGGCGCCCGUUAUGGCGCGCGGCGUUUCUCAGCAAGCCUCGCUUGCUUGCCUGGACCAUCCACCAUUCCAUUGUGGAUGAGUCCAUCUCCCAAAACCUGUCCCAGGAUCUGCACGCUCUCCUGACAGCCAUCGUAAAGCGGGACGAGGGCGACCCAGCUGCAUCAGCGGCCCUGUGUCUCGCGCAUUCCCGUGCGGCCAAACCGUCCAUCGAAGCCUGGGUGGUGGAUCAUUAUGGGGCUAACGGGCUCGACGAGGCUCCUGUACCGUCGAGUGUGCUUCAUGGCCAACGAGCCUGGGAAUCCUUCCUGGAGGGCGCCAUCGCCACCCCGAUCCCCGACGAUCGCCGCUUGCCGGACGCGGAGCUGCCCGCUCAGCCCCAAGCGACGACGCUGAUCGGGGUCGCCUAUGGCGCCUGGUGCCGGGCGCACCACCUCACCCCAGCGGCGCUCUUUCACGCAGUGACAGCACUGACGAUCGCGCGAACGCUGGGCUGGUGGCGGCCGCACGCGCCACCGCGCGCCGAGGUCACAUAUUACAGGCUCAGCGCAAACCGGACCACCGUGGAGGGCGCGCAAGCCAUGGAAGGGGCCUUGAUUUCCAUCAGCCCGAUGCGUGUCGCGGUGGGGGCCCAUAGCAGUGUGCUAGCGACCAUCCAGGGGGCGCUGCGAGCCUGGCUGGCGAUCCAGGAUGAGGAUCCAUACUACCUCGACGCAGCGCUCGCCCCACCCGAUCCCAAACCUGGAGUGCCGCGCCAGCGCCGCUGGGGAAACGUGCUGCUGAAUCACAUCGUGAGCAGCAGCCCCAAAGACUCGACUGUGCCCGUGCCUGCCUUUCAGGGCGUCGUUCAGGACAGCGCGGGCUUCGCCAUGUGCUGUGGUAACCUUGACGCCGGUGCAUCCAGCGUCGACGCCACCAGCCUCCUGCGUAAGAAUGCCGUGGUGACAGGAGCAUCGCGCGGCAUUGGGGCGCAGAUCGCCCGCGUGCUGGCCACCCGUGGGGCCAAUGUAGCCCUCUGUUUUGUCUCCGAUAGUCAGCGAGCGAAUGCGGCAGCUCUCGCGGAGGACCUGCGUGCUAUCGGGGUGCGGACGAUCUGCAUCCAGGAAGAUCUCGCUGCGGACGGGGCCGGCCAGCGCAUAAUUUCCCAAGCCCUAAUGGGCCUCGACGUCACAACCAUUGACAUCCUCAUCAACAACGCAGCUCUUGAUCCGCCCACUCCUACCCCGGUCGCUGAGAGCGAUCCCUCCCUCUUCGACCGGUGUGCCCUGUCUCUCAUCAUUUGUUUGAUAGAUGUCUUUCAGAUUCGCGCUGACCACGGGACACGAUUAGAUUCAUGCGAGUGA